AUGGAAUCAAAUAGGGUAACUUUAAAUUCAGGUAAACGUCUUUUUGAAUGGAGACUUAAAUAAGAAAUGCGAAGUCACUGUUCAUGGGCAUAUGACCCUAUCUGAGCUGGUUUCAGAUUGCAAAGAAAAGCUAGAUGUCGACAGUCAUACAAAAUGCAAACUAUUUGAUUCUGGAGGAGGUGAGCUUUCUGAUGACGAUUUAGACUAUUUAAACCCAGAUGAGCCACUAUUUCUAUCACGAGGCGAAGAAUUUUCAAAAGAUUCAAGCAUUUUGGUAUAUGAGCCGAUAAAACAACUAGGAGAAGGAGGAUUUGGCUCAGUCUGACUCUACGAGCACAAAAUAAACAAAAACCUUGCAGCUUUGAAGUUUGUCCCCUUAGACUCCCUUAUCUCAGCUGACGACGUCAAUCGUGUCUAUGCUGAAAUUGGCGUUUUAAGAGGACUACGGCACCCAAAUAUUGUCCAGCUUUACGAUGCGUUUCCCCUCAGAGACAAAAUCUGCUUUGUCAUGGAAUACUGCGGUGGUGGAGAGAUGCAGCAAUAUCUAGAAGAGCAUGGACCAAUUUCAGAAGAUGAACUCUAUCAUAUAGGCUGCCAAAUGGUAGAAGCAAUUAAAUACUGCCACGAUAUGAAAAUAAUCCACAGGGACUUGAAGCUUGAAAACAUUUUGUUUUCAAACGACUCCAAAACACAAAUUAAAAUCGUAGAUUUUGGGAUCGCUGGGAUGUUUGCAGGAGCUCAUAGUGAGAGAAGUGACGCUGGGUCUUUGCUUUAUAUUGCGCCUGAAGUACUGACUAAAGAAGAUAAUCGAGCAAAUCCUGUGCUAGAUAUUUGGAGUAUAGGGUGCAUGUUUUAUUAUCUGCUGUCAGGAGUUCACCCCUUUGAAUAUGAAACUCAAGAGGAAAUCAUUCGAAAAAUUGUGAAUUGUGAAUAUCAGCCAUUGCCAAAUACGGUAUCUAGACCGUGGCAUAAGCUGAUUAGAGGAAUUUUGAGGAGAAAUCCUAGAAGAAGGUGGGGGUCGCUAAUUCUCCACCUUUGGAUUGUAAUAAAAAGCCUGCCCAUUUUUUUUCUAUAUAUAUUUUUGAAUUUUUGCUGAUUUUAUGAAUAAUUCAUUAAAAAAUUAAUUGAUUUGGUGUGCCGAGUGUUCAUAUAUCGCAUUAUACUAGAACUCCCUCCAUUAAAUCAAGCACCCAAAUUUUGUAAAUUUUACCAAUGUGUUUUAUUGCUAUUUAAAGGGUGUGUAAGGAUUAUUGAACACUUGUAUAAGUAUCGAUUUGAAAGAGACGCGAGCUUAAGCCCAGAGUCUGAAGAGGAAAGGUCUCCUGCGAUUAAUGAGCCGGGAAAGAAAAGUGCAAGACCCGGAAAAGUCCUGAAGGUCACCGCCAAGCCAAUGGAACAAGGUUUGCAUAACAAAAAAAUAGAAACGCAUUCUCCCAGGAAAAAGGAUGUGAGGAAAAACUCUAAAAAGUAA